AUGGUUGGACCUGCAAACUCAGUCAACUCACCACGCACGAACUUGGCGCAAAGAGACCCCCUAAUGACGGCCGUCAAACAUGCCGUAAAUGGUCCGCGCAGACUAUCCAUCCCAUACAUGAACAGCCUGUCCGCGUCAGAGGAAGAACUACAGCCCUUUCCCGAGCCAGAGAUCUCCACCAUAGCUCUAGAGCAGAAGCCCAUGGCAAGACUCCACUACACAUACUACCCACCCUCCCCAUCACAAGGAAACGUCACAAACCCCUUCUCGCAAACCCUCAUCGUAUUCCUCAACGGCCUGAUGCUGCCCAGGAGUUCGUGGGACGAGACGAUCCGCAGCUUUCUGGAGAAGAGAAUCGCAGGCCAACUCCCCUAUCCAGCACUCCUCAGCUACGACCGCUACGGACAGGGCGAGUCUGACCACGACCCGGCGGACAAAUACCCCCCGCCAUGUCAUGGCCACGAUGCAAUGUCGGCCGUCUACGCACUCAAGCAGCUCACCCUGCAGAUCUGGAGAGACCACAUGGACUCGAACCACAAAACCCACUACCCCUGUCUGAUCUUCGUCUGCAACAGCAUCGGCUGCGCAAUCGCUCGUCUCUUCACGCAAACAUACCCCGGCACGGUAUCGGGCCUUCUUUUCCUCGACAGCAUCAUGGCAAACUCGGACGGCCUGUCCAUCUGGCCCAACCCCGACGCCCCAGACUUCGACCCCAACACCCUCCCAUCUGGCGUCAGCGAGUACGACGUGAGAGAGGCGCGCGCAAAAUGGAGCGCCAUGUUCCACCCAGACGUCCCCAGCAUGGAGGGUCUCUCGCGCAGCAAUCUAGCGAGACUACUGCCGUACGACGACGUCCCGAGACUGGAAGGCUAUCUGGGAGAGGGCCCCUAUCUGACUGUCGUGGGCCACGAUUGGGCCACGUUUGCUGAGCAGUCUUAUACGUCCGCCCUCCGUAUCCCUAGGACCCUCACAAUGACGUACGCGAAUCCUGCUUGGCGCGUCUACAACGAAGGCCUCGUGCGCAUCACGGACGAGGGACGAGCUAUUGGCCCGAUUGUAGCUGUGGGCUGUGGGCAUUUCAUCCAGAGGGACGGGCCGGGGUUUGUAAGCGACGAGAUGGUUAGUUUGCUGGAUCGCGUAGUGAACCGUGUGGAGCAGGUCAGUGAGCGGGUGGGGUUUGGCGGGUGA